ACAUUCAUUCACGCAAUCUGGACAGAAACUGACAAGAACGCCACUGACAUCGGUUGGCAGCCAUAUCUUGUAGUGUCUCCAACCAGGCACAGUGAGGAUCACGCGGUCCCCAUCCUGGAAGCUGCCAUGCCAACGGAAGAAGGCACGAGGGGUGAGAUACAGCCAGGCCACCCAAGUCUGGAUAGGAGUAGUCAAGAUGAUGAGGUUGUCUUCAAACCACGGACCUUCUGGUCCGUAAGUUGGCGUCUUAACCACUGA